AUGCAUGAUCAAGUAGCGAUCGCUCCGCCAGAGGUCGACUUUGAAGGCGAUGUCACCAAAGACGAUGGAAUUAAUGUUUUAGUCAACGAUCAACCACAAGAUGGAAUGACAGACAGAAUCAACGUCAUCGAACACGAAGAAUCAACGUUCGUUGGUAUGUCACGGAUGCAAGCCCUCAAGAUAUUCUGGCGACCAACCUUAUACUGCUACAUGUGCGCAUUUAGUGUGGUAAUGAAUGGGUAUCAGGACUCGCUUCCUGGAGGCCUUCUUGCCAAUCUAGGGUUCAUCAAACAGUUCGGUACUAUUUCCGAUGGUGCAGGUGGUGUCGCUCUAGACGCUCAGCACAUCUCUGUGUGGAGCGGUAUCGCCUAUGUCGCUCAAUUCACUGGAUGCCUGCUGGGGGGAGUCAUCUCAGAUAGAUUUGGCAGGAAGACUGGUAUGCACGCGCUCACCUUGGGCUAUGGUCUGGGUGUCAUCGUCGAAAUGGUGGCCAAAAACUGGAAACACUGGCUUGCGGCAAAGCUAUUUACAGGUCUCGGAGGGGGUCUGGCCCAGGGAACUAUACUUUCUUAUAUGAACGAAAUCGCUCCAGCACAGAUCCGUGGUUACCUACUCUCUACGUAUGGUGCUGCUUAUGCCGUGGGUCAGCUGUCCAUUGCCAUCGCCCUUCAGAUAGUAGACACCACCGAUCCUGAAGGCUAUCUCAAAGCAGUGUACUCCGAAUGGGUGGUCCUAAGUCCCUGGAUCAUCAUGUCAUUACUUCUCCCCGAAUCCCCAUGGCAUUAUGCUCGGCAAGGACGAGAAGACCUCACGAAGAAAUCUUUAGGCAGGAUCUAUAAAGGAAUCUCUGGAUACGACGCCGAUCGAGAAUAUGCUGUGAUGGUGAUGGAAAUCGAGAGGGAGAAAGAGGCCAGGCAUACGAACAAGCAGACUUCGUGGAAAGAUAUCUUGAUGGGACCCAAUCUUAAACGAACAUUCGCCGGUGUCUGUGCUCUCGGCAUGCAGAAUUGGGUCGGAAGUUCCGUCGUAUUCAACUACACCACCUACUUCUUCCAACAAGCGGGUAUUCCUCAACCCUUCCAAGCCAAUGUCAUCGUAUUCUGCAUUCUUAUUGGAGCCAACAUCGUCUCUUUCUACCUCGUCGAGAGGGCUGGUCGACGGACUCUCAUACUCUGUGGAGGUGCAGCGUCAGCUGUACUGUGUGUUGUAAUCGGAGUAAUGGGUGUGAUCGAACAGACCACCUCGUCGCAAAGCGCAAGUCUCGCUGUGAUAUGCAUCUGGGUGGUAGUAUAUGCGCUCUGUUUCGCUGGUACCGGCUGGCUUCUCGCUGGGGAGAUUUCAACCCCUCGACUUCGUGCAAAAACCUCUUCAUUCAUUGCUGCAACUAAUGCCAUCGCAGGAACGCUGUACAAUACCACCGUUCCCCUGAUGCUUGGUACCGAUGGAGCAGGUGCCAGAGGCUGGGGACUGAAAACGCUGUUCAUGUUUGCUAUCCUGUCUGCGGUCGGAACGGUGCUUUGUUACUUCCUUGUACCCGAAACCAAAGGGCGAACCUUCAACGAACUUGACGAGAUGUACGAAGCUGGAAUACCACCAAGGAAUAUGAAGAAACAUAUUACAAGAAUCGAAGAAGCUGGUCUCAAGGUGCACUCUGCUUAA